AUGGGCAUUGAUACAAACUGGGCCAUAAAGAGCACACUCCAUGAAAAGAUGAUGAAUGGUACAUGCACUACUUUCAUUUGCAACAGAAAUCCUAAACUGGAGUGGUACUGUUAUUUGUUGCUUCUGGUUUGUCUUUUCACUUUACUAGCAGGAUUUCUUGGCAAUAUACUCGCACUACGACAUUAUGCGUACUGCAUGAAGACAUGGACUACCAGUACUAUAUUUCUGUUUAAUUUAGCACUGUGUGACUUGACUUGGACUCUCAUGGCACCUUUUUCAGUAUAUUACAGUCUCCAGAAGUCAGCUGUCUAUUCCAGUCAAGCAUUUUAUCAGAUCAUAAGACUAUUUUUUAGUAUUAAUAUCUAUGGAAGUGUCUAUUUCCUGACAUUCAUCAGUUUUGACAGGUAUGUAGGUGCUGUCCAUCCUAUCACUUCAUUAACAUGGUGGGACAAACGAAAGGCUGUGUUUUGUACCAUCGCCGUAUGGAUCUUCAUAGUGAUUGCAUCAAUGCCCGAGAUCUACUACACAGUUGCAGCUGGAAGACAACACAACAUCCCAUAUGCCCUGGAUGGCACUGAAGAACCUCUACAAUUUGCAGUGCCAUUCACACUCUCCAAGAUUGUAUUGAGAUUCCUAAUUCCAGUCACAGUCAUCUUUACGUGCUAUAUGUUGACUCUAAAAGCACUACUACAACUCAGUUUAGACAACUGUGCUGAUGCAGUUAAAAGGAAACCUGUAAAAACAGAUAUUGAUUUCCUAUAA